CAGACACGGCGGCACCCCUCUCAACCCUUUUCUUACCUACCUACCUACCCUUCUGGCAAAGUUGAACUUUGGUGCGGCGCCCAAAGCCGCAGCAAACAAAACCCAACAAGAAGCCCUUCCCCAUCCCCCGUCUUCCGCCCGCCAGCCGCCCGCGCGCACGCACGCACGCACGCUCAAAGAGGUUUUGGUCCCGGGAGAUAUUUUUUUUUAAAAAAAAAUAUAGGGGAAAAAAAUGGACGACAGCCAAGAGUCGCAGGACAGCAUCAUGACGGUGACGCAGGAGACGCGGCACGAGAUCCUCUACUUUGCGUACGGGAGCAACCUGUCGACCAGGCAGAUGCGGCAGCGGUGCCCGUUCUCGACGCCCGUGGGGCUGGGCUUCCUCGAGGGCUGGAGGUGGAUUAUCAACGAGAGAGGGUACGCCAACGUGGUGCCGAUGACGGCGGCGGCGGCGACGACGACGACGGGCGAGGGUAAUACUAGCAGCAACAGUGGCGGGAGUAGCAGCGGCAGCGGCAGCGGCAGCGGCAGCAGCAGUAGGGGGAGAAAGGCGGCCGGCGUGUACGGGCUGCUCUACCUGCUGCCGCCGCAGGACGAGGCGCGGCUGGACGGGUACGAGGGGGUGCCGUGGGCGUACGAGCGGAUGCACUGCGACUACGUGCGCUGGGCGACGAGGCCGUCGCCGUUGGAGGUGGAGGUGGAGGGGGAGGGGGAUGAUGGCAGAGGGGAAGCGGCGGCGGCGGGCGGCGACGAGCCGGUGCGGGCGCUCGUCUACGUGGACAGGCAGAGGGUGACGGAGGGGACGCCGCGCGACGAGUACGUCGGGAGGAUGGAGGAGGGGAUCCGCGACGCGGUGUGGAACUGGGGGCUGGACGAGGCGUAUGCGGACAGGGUGAUGAGGAGGUUCUGGAGGAAUAAGAAGGGCGGCGGCGGUGGCGGCGGACAUCCGCGGGGGAGCAUCUGAUGAGUGGAGUUGCGAUGAUGUUUUUCGUGGGGAAAGUUGGAACCCGUUUGUUUCGUUGCGCGAGUGAGUGACUGAGUGGGUGAAUGAGUGCGUGAGUGAGGGG